AUGGUUGGCACUAAGAACACUUUUGGAUCUGGCCAGAGUGGAAAUCCAGAUGCUUUAGUCGCAGCAACGACUCAGUUUUUCCAAUCGAUGACUACCGGUCAGUACGCCGUACUUAGGGCACCACUAGUUGGCUGUACGUUGGAGCAGUUUUCUCGUCAGCACCCCAUAACCUUCGAUGGCAGGUUAAAUGCUAUGGGUGCGGAUAGUUGGAUUGAACAUUUGGAGCAGAUUUUUGAGGCGUUUUUCUGCACUAAUGAUCAAAAGGUGAAUUAUGCGUCAUAUAACCUGACAGACCUAGCUAACAACUGGUGGAAGUCAACUCGGGUACUUUUACAGAAUGAACUAGGGGAAGGAAUCCCCAUUACUUGGGAGCGCUUUAAGGAUGUAUUCCUGGAUCGUUUCUUUCCACAAUCUUUAUGA